GAGGCUGGUGUCCUUGUAGUUGUCGCCUACUAGACACACACAGGUGUUACAACUGUUACAACUACAGCCUUGUUAACGCAUUAUUACUAGAAAAGGUAUGAUUUAACUACCUCCAACUUCCACUUAAAGACUAAGGAGGCAUCUUUAUGGCUUUCAGGUUAGCCGUCUUCCUUCUGCUGUGCGCCGGCUUGUCUGACACGUCCUCCCUCGUAGUCGCUCAAAGCUGUGUGGAUCCUGGACGUGUGACGGAGCAGGUGCUGUUUGCUGGCGAGCAGUUUCCCUCAUACCGUCUACAGUGUCCUUUAGAUCCGUCUCCGCAGAUAACAUGGCUCAAAGACUGUGUGCAGCUGCACUCUCAAACAGAGAAAUCCUACCUGGAGUUCAUCACACUGAAUGUAGAAGACCAGGGGAACUAUACUUGUGCGAAUGGCAAUGACGGCUCAUUAUCAUAUACAGUGAGACUGAUCAUUCAGGAGAGGAACUGCUCCACAGAGCCAGAGUUCAUCCCAGAUGGAGGUCGGAUGACACUGCACAGGAAUGUGGGAGAGACAGUUAUAAUGAAUUGUACGACUUUGCUCCUCUGGCACCCAAAGGACCCAAGCCACUGUAACACCGCCAUGCACUGGAGUCAUAAUGGACAGAACAUCACCCACCACCCUCUGAUGAAAAUAUCCACCUGGCCUGUGGGUCCAGGUAAACUGAUAGUGAGCAGUCAGCUGGAAAUCACACUGGAAAACCAAGAUUUUGGUCUUUACACCUGCAGAGUGAGAAACGCAACCAUGGAGUUCUCUGUAGAACUUACACAAUUUCAACCAAGUCACACGGCUGCUGUCAUUGGAGCCAUUAUGGUGCUUGCCCUGCUGGGUGUAUCUGCUCUUGUGUACAUCAAGUGUCACCUAAAUAUCAAAAUGUGGUACAAAAAUAUCUACGGAGACUAUGAACUCAGUGAUGGGAAACUCUAUGAUGCCUACAUCUCAUAUGUGAACAAUGAUCAUGACAGGAAGUUUGUAAAUUUUAUUCUGAAGCCUCAUCUUGAGAAUAAAAAUGGAUAUAAAGUCCACCUCAAUGACAAUGAUAUUCUGCCUGGUGGUGAGCCGUCUGCUGAACUGAUCAUGAACAUGAGUCGAUCCCGGCGUCUCAUCGUGGUGCUUUCAUAUGCCUAUCUGGAACAAGACUGGUGCAACAACAACUUCAAACUGGGCUUUCAGCAUUUACUGGAGUUGUGUCCACGGCCCAUCCUGGUUCUACUGGAGGGUCAGAGUAAACGCUUUAGUUCAGAGGUCAAAGAGCAGCUGACAGAGCACCAGCACUGCCUCACCAUACUCACCUGGAGACACAACUCUGUGACCCCAUCUUCAGUCUUCUGGAAGGAGCUGUCUCUCAUCAUGCCUCGGCGCAUCUUCUUCCGCAAUGAAUCAUCUGGAGACCCUCAGACGCUCCAUGACGAUAAGGACCCCAUGUUGACCAUGGACCCGGACUACCUGGACUGUCGCUCUGACACAGACCCUGCCGGAGACCUUGGGGUGCGUCUCCCGGCUUACAAGGCCAUGGUGUGCAGAGCUCCGGUGCUCCCUGCAGCUUCUACUUCUGAAUCCAGACCUGCUGAUGCUGAAGUGUCCGACCUUGGAUCACGCAAUUACAGAGCGCGUUCGGAUUUCUACUGCUUAGUCACCGAGAAUGAUAUAUGAGCCAGAGUGUUAUGGACCUUUAUAUGCCCUUUUGUUGAUUAUUUGGAAGUAAUUAUGUUGUUUUUAUACACAUUUAUAUGCGUGGAUGGCAGAUGUGAAAUGAUUUGUGCAUUUUUAUGAUUUUUAUAUGCCUUGCAGGGAUUUGUAUGUAUGUGUGCCUGUGUGUCCAGCAGAGGGCAGAGUAGUAAAAGAACCUCUAGUUGCCUUAUGUUUUUACUCUACAGCUGUUGAAAAAAUGUGACUGACAGUGGCCACUUGCUGAACAGACUUAAGCUGUCUGUCUUACAAGCAGCAGAAAGCCUGACUCUUUCUAAUGUUACUGCAUGUCCAUGUGCCUUGUCUGAAGACUAUGUGACAACCUGAAUUAUAAAGUUUUAUGUAUU